AAGGGUCUCAUCCAACCGUUUAUCUUUUUCGUAACAAGAGAGAAUAUGCAUCAUUUUGUCCCUGACUUUGAUACCGAUGAUGAUUAUGUCAACAACAACCAUAAUUCUUCAUCUUUGAAUCAUCUUCCUAGAAAAUCCAUUACUACUAUGGGUGAAGAUGAUGAUCUUAUGGAGCUUUUAUGGCAGAACGGUCAAGUUGUUGUUCAAAACCAGAGACCUCACAGUAACACGAAGAAACCUUCUUCUUCUCCGACGAAGCUUCUUCAAGCUCCGAUUCCUCCUUCUAUGGAUAAUCAUCAGCAGCAGCAGCAACCUACGACAGAUCAGAAUCUUUUUAUUCAAGAAGAUGAAAUGACUUCUUGGCUUCAUUAUCCUCUUCGUGACGAUGAUUUCUGCUCUGAUCUUCUCUUCUCCGCCGCUACACCAACUCCUCCGUGUGCGACGAGUCAUGUGGUCACCGCCGUAAGACCGCCAGUACCAGUACCGUCUUCGUCGAAUGAGUCGAGGCCACCGGUGAGGAAUUUUAUGAAUUUCUCGAGACUGAGAGGGGAUUUUAAUAACGGUAGAGGUGAAUCUGGACCGAAGACGAUUGUGAGAGAAUCGACUCAGGUAAGUCCUAGCGCAACACCGUCGUCAGCGGCGGCGAGUGAAUCCGGUUUAACACGGCGGACGGAUGGUACUGAAAGCUCUGCCGGACUUGAUCGGAAGGGAAAAGCAGUGGCUAUGACGGCGCCGGCGAUUGAGAUUACCGGUACAUCGUCUUCUGUAGUGUCAAAGAGCGAAAUCGAACCGGAGAAGACGAACGUUGAUGACAAGAAACGAAAAGAGAGAGAAGCCACCACCGAGGAAGCUGAGUGCCGUAGCGAGGAAACAAAACAAGCACGUGGAUCAACAACAUCUACCAAGAGAUCUCGUGCUGCUGAAGUUCAUAAUCUCUCUGAAAGGAAACGGAGAGAUAGAAUCAAUGAGAGGAUGAAAGCUUUGCAAGAACUCAUACCUCGCUGCAAUAAGUCGGAUAAAGCUUCGAUGCUUGAUGAAGCUAUUGAGUACAUGAAGUCUCUACAGCUUCAAAUACAGGUGAUGUCAAUGGGAUGUGGAAUGAUGCCAAUGAUGUAUCCGGGUAUGCAACAGUACAUGCCACACAUGGCGAUGGGGAUGGGUAUGAACCAGCCUCUUCCUCCUCCUUCCUUUAUGCCAUUCCCCAACAUGUUAGCGGCUCAAAGACCUUUGCCUACACAAACUCAGAUGGGCGGGUCAGGACCGCAAUACCCUGUUCAUGCUUCUGACCCGUCAAGAGUCUUUGUACCAAACCAGCAGUUUGAUCCAAUGUCGGGCCAGCCUCAGUAUCCAGGUUACAUGGAUCCAUAUCAGCAGUUCCGCGGUCUCCACCCGACCCAACCACCUCAGUUUCAGAAUCAAGCAACAUCGUACCCAAGUUCGAGCAGAGUAAGUAGUAGCAAGGAAUCUGAGAAUCAAGGAAACCACACAACAGGUUUUUAUACUCAGAGAGCUGUACAUGUAAUGAUCCAGAGAUCUAGGAAUCAAUACAUAGAGGUUGCAGAGGCUUAGUGCAGAUAAUAGAUGAGAAAGCUAGGUUCAUAUACAACAAACCCGAUCAUUAUUCUUUCUCGUCUCUUAAGACUUGCUAUCUACAUGACCAUAAGAUUUGAGAAACAUGCAUAUGAAUCAAACCGUUGAAUCAAUAUUGUAUUCGCUA